AUGUAUCUCUCUCUCUCUCUUUCUCUCUCUAUUACCACUCUCUUGAGUUGCGUACCUGGUACUUUUAAUUGGGAAUGUAUCUCUCUCUCUCUGUUUCGUGAGUUGUGUACCUGGUACUUUUCAUUGGGAAAGUAUCUCUCUCUCUCUCUCACUCUCUCUCUAUCUCUCUUUCUUGAGUUGUGUACCUGUUACAUUUUAUUGAGAAUGUAUCUCUCUCUCUCGCUCUCUCUCUCUCUCUCUCUCUCUCACUUUCUUGAGUUGUGUACCUGUUGUGUCCCUGGUACUUCAUUUGGGAAUGUAUCUCUCUCUCUCUCUUCUUUCUUGAGUUGUGUACCUGUUACUUUUUUAUUGGGAAUGCAACUCUCUCUCUCUGACUCUCUCUCGCUCUCUCUCCCUGGUAUUCAUUUGGGAAUGUAUCCUCUCUCGUCUUUUUUAUUACUUUUUAUUGGGAAUGUCUCGCUUUCUCUCUCUCUCUGUCUUUCUUGA